CGCCUCGGAACCCGGGCCUGGGGGGCGGUGGGGCCGCGCAUGGAGCCCCCGCCCCCCGGAGCUGCCAACACCGCCGCAGCCCUACGCACAGCCUCUUGUCUCUGAACCAUCUGCCCUCCAGGUAUCCCUACAAUGGCGUGAGCACUUCCCCAGCGAUGGACCCCUCUGUGACGCUGUGGCAGUUUCUGCUGCAGCUGUUGAGAGAACAGGGCAAUGGCCACAUUAUCUCCUGGACCUCACGGGAUGGUGGUGAGUUCAAGCUGGUGGAUGCUGAGGAGGUGGCCCGGCUGUGGGGACUACGCAAGAACAAGACCAACAUGAAUUAUGACAAGCUCAGCCGGGCCUUGCGGUACUACUAUGAUAAGAACAUCAUCCGCAAAGUGAGUGGCCAGAAGUUCGUCUACAAGUUUGUGUCCUAUCCCGAGGUCGCAGGGUGCUCCGCUGAGGACUGUCCACCCCAGCCCGAGGUGUCUAUUACCUCCACUGUGGCAAAUGUGGCCCCUGCUGCUGUACAUGCCGUCCCCGGGGACACUGCCUCCGGGAAGCCAGGCACACCCAAGGGUACAGGAAUGGCAGGCCCAGGUGGCUUUGCACGAAGCAGCCGGAAUGAGUACAUGCGCUCAGGCCUCUAUUCCACCUUCACCAUCCAGUCCCUGCAGCCACAGCUACAGCUGCCCCUGCAUCCGAGGUCUAUCUCAGUGCUUUCCAACACCACCCCAGCAGGAGCAGCAGUGCCCCCCUCCGGCAGCAGGAGCACCAGUCCAAGCCCCUUGGAGGCCUGCCUAGAGGCUGAGGAGGCCGGCCUACCUCUGCAGGUCAUUCUGACCCCGCCUGAGGCCCCGAACCUUAAAUCAGAAGAGCUGAAUGUGGAGCCCGGGUUGGGCCGACCACUGCCCCCAGAAGUGAAAGUGGAAGAGCCCAAGGAAGAGCCCCACGCUGUGGCAGCCAGUGGGGAGGCGGGGUUUGUGCCGGAAGCCCCUAGGGCUGGGCGGGAAGUCCCUCCCGCUGAAGGCACGUCUGCCUGUCAGCCUGCGGUUGUUAUGGAGACUGCAGGCCCCGCGGGUGGCCUCGGGGCUUCCACGGCUCCCAGUACAGAGAUUGCCCAGCCUCAGAAGGGCCGAAAGCCCCGGGACCUGGAGCUUCCACUCAGCCCUAGCCUGCUAGGUGGGCCAGGACCCGAACGGACUCCAGGAUCGGGAACUGGCUCCAGUCUGCAGGCACCGGGGCCAGCGCUAACGCCAUCCCUGCUACCUACCCACACAUUGACCCCGGUGCUGCUGACACCCAGCUCGCUGCCUCCCAGCAUUCACUUCUGGAGCACCCUGAGUCCCAUUGCACCCCGUAGCCCGGCCAAGCUCUCCUUCCAGUUUCCGUCCAGUGGCAGCGCCCAGGUGCACAUCCCCUCCAUCAGCGUGGAUGGCCUCUCAACCCCCGUGGUGCUCUCCCCAGGGCCCCAGAAGCCAUGACUACCACCACCACCACCACCGCCGCCGCCGCCCCUUUCUGGGGUUACUUAUGCCCUGAACUUCUCUCCAGCCAGCUGUCUCAAGGAGAAACAAUAGUUCAGCUGA